AUGGACGACGACCCGGUGGUGCGCGAGAUACCUGUGCAUCUCGCCGAUGAACUGCGUCAAAACCUCUACAUGGUGCAGUUCCCACUACGGCCGACGUACCGCCCGAUGCCGGAGCCGCCGCGUCGCGCGCGUAUCAAGCCCAAUAACCAGUUGAUGCAGAUCGAUUUUCCCGUUGAUCAACGCAGCGAACACUUCGAUCAGGACGCGGAGGAAUAUCUUAAGCAAAAACACCUGCGGCUGCAUUCGUCCAGUGUGCCGGCGCUGUCCAAUUACGUCGUGGGCGUCUUUCGCCAGGGCCAACUGCACCUCACGCCACUUUCAGCAAUUAUGCAAAUGCGCCCCAGUCUCUCACACAUCGACGACGCUGCUAACGAGGAGGAGGAAGACAUGGAAGUGGAGGAGAAAAUGGAGCCACCGCCUGUCGAGAUGAAGGAAGUGCAGUUCCAGUUCAAGAAGAAGCAGUCGGAACGUGCCAUGUCAGCUAUUCAAAACUCGUACGCGUACAAGAAGCAGCAGAUCGACGCCGAGAACUGGAUUGAGCUCCAAGUACAGGACAAGAGCAGUGCUGGCGCUGACGAUGAGUUUGAGAACUUGUUUAGCGAGAAGGAAGCGGAAGUGAUGUCGACUAUGACGCCCGACGAAUAUAUCAAGGCGUUGCAGUACCGUGCAAUGGCCACAGUGGAGAAACUAGCAGCUCCGUCCAACCCUGCACAGUACGAGGACAAGGAUGAAACGAUGAACCCUGUUACUGGUCGUCUUCUUGAUGCCGUUGACGCCAAAUUUUCAGACGUGCUACGACUGCUCGCUACCGACCAGAUCAUGCACUUCGACACGCUGGCGAAGCUUCUUCCCAGUCGUAAUGAGGAAGAACUGCUGGAUGCUCUCAAGCACGUCGCUGUACAUGUGCGAGGACGGCUUCUCCCCUCCAGUGCCUUCGUGUGCCGCGGAGAGACGACGGUGCGCGGCCGCAAUGAAAUUAUCAAAGCACUGUCGAAGGCGACCACCGGUGUAUCUCGUACGGAACUUGUAGAGGAUUUCUCGCUUGACGCAGACGUCACCAAAACGAUCCUGAGCGAGUUUGCUGUGUUGGACUCGACAACGCGUAAGUGGAGCUUCCGCCUGGGCCCCGACAACUCGUUUACAAAGCGAUUCCCUGCCGUCGGAAAGGCAAUUAAACUUUAG